AUGGGCGAUUCUACAUUAUCUGUAACAAGUGAUAGCGAUAGCUCUCCUCAUCCCCCGGCUACGCCAAUAGCACCAUCAUCUGCAUCUCAAUCUACUGCAUUGAUUAGUGGUGCUAAUUUCUCAUUACUCGCCCAAACUGAUAGUCCAGACGUCGAAAAACAAUCUGCAGACCCUUUAAACAUCACGUCUAGCAUCAAUCCGACAAAUAAAGAGCUUAUAAACGUGCAUGAUACGUCUAGUAGCUGCAGUCGUGAUGAGGUUACGAUUGAGGAUGUGACACACGCACCAUUGGACUGGACAUCCGAUAAUCGGUGUCCAUAUUACCCCGUACGGAGUGAUGGUUGUACUGAACCAAGAUCAUGCAGAGAUUGUCUUAAUGUGGACAUUGGAAACGAGUAUAGCUGCAUGGUGAACCAAUACGGCCGCUGUGUGCAAAAAGAUCGAUUUACGUACGUAAGGUCGCUGGAUUUUGAGUGGCAAGAGCCGUCAAAUGACGGUAACGCGCGUAUGGACCAAAAGGUUCAGUUCCCUGCAUACAAAGUGGACUAUUGUAUGUACGAUGACAUGCAAUGCAAGAAAUGUCGAGACGAAGUAUUUAACGAUGUAAUGGAGGGCAGGAUUGACGGGUCAUUGACUAAGUUUUGCUACGGCAAAGGAGGUUGCGUGUGUAUUGCAGUGUGUGAAGCUCCGAUAUGGAGAGAGACAAUUGGACAAACGGUAUGCAAUGGUACCAUAGUGAAUCGAAAUCAUGAGAGCCACUAUGUCUAUGCGUACGAUGGAUCACAGGAGAAGGACGGAAAAGGUAUUGGACUUAGCAAUCUAUUGAUUGGAGUGAUAGGUGGACUAGCAUCAGUUAUUAUCCUGGUUGCUGUAGUUUCUUACAUUCGACAUAGAAGAAACGAGAAUGGCACUGAAGCAAGUAGCGACAUGGCUGAUUCGCAAUUACAGGACGAAGACGAAGAUGCUGCUGCUGCUGCUGGAAGUGCUCCAAUAGUAUCAGAAGCGUCAACGUUGAGUCUAUUUGGCUGGCAAGCCAUGAGAUCGGAGUUGAUUGAACGUGAGCACUUGCUGCUGGCUGGAGUCGAGGAUUUUUCAAACGUCAAGACAGGAUACUUGCAGUUGCUGGAUGUGAAUGCUUCUGCACCUCCACAGGAAGAAGAUGAGAGUUCAGCCCCGGUGCUGUUGGUCCCGUUAGCUGGUGCAUCGGCACCAGCUAUUUCUCCACGAGAUGCUGCAGCAUUUGCUUCGACACCUUCAGCUCCACCAGCAUCCCCCUCAGUUCCAUCACCACCACGACCAUCCUCCUCUCAUUUCGACGACGAUAUCUUGUAA